AUGUCAACCCAACGAAGCAUCCCACCCAUUCCUGGCUUGCCAUAUGAUCGCACCUUCUCGAACGAUGCUGAUCUCGUUGAUGAGGUGGCGGAUCAGAUUGUGCCCAUUUCGGCAGGGCGUAUCAUCAAAAAGAGCUAUCUGGGAAUAGUCACGGGAAUCAACAACCAAUCCUUUGAGGUCAAUAUCCUCGAGACACGCGGGGGCAAGGGUUUUGAAGGUCUCCCUGAGGAGGAUCGACGAUACUAUUGGCACAUUAUGGCCGAAGGCAGCCAGCAUAUGAUGCCGAACGCACUGGCGGAUCCGGGCCUGUCCACAUCCCUCGACACGGACGACCCACCUGAGACGGUAUUUGUGCGCCACAGGAACAUGCGCGAGAAUGGUAUUCUCAACUUGCGGUCCAAGAAGUUUCUGUACUCAGAGUUGGUCAGCCUUGCUCCAGGUUGGCUUACCGAGGAGAGCACUGUCCGCUUGGAAGACAAGCUGAAAAAGUGUUAUCCUCUACAGAAAACAAAGUUGAUCGAGGCAGCUGGAAUAUCGCAGUCUGAGGCGGACAAUAUUCGUGCCAUGCCUGCCCCAGGAUCUUCCAACUCAAUAUCGGGUGAAAAUUCCGGCGAGGUCGCAGCCCACACGAACACAGGCGUUUCCAAUUCUGGUAAUGACUCUUGGCCUUCUGACGAGAUGCCUUCUGCUCCUCGUGUCUGUCCAGACUUCAACGAAGGCUCAUGUAAAUCUGCUGGCUCGUGUCCUCAUGGUUUGGAGCAUCUUUGCAGCGACUGCUAUCGCGAGCACCCAAGGUGCGGGGGACGUCUGCCUCUCGGCGUCGAAAUAAAGAGAGAGAACGAGGAGAGACGCAACUCUGCACGCGGACUGAGGCCGUCAAAGUCGAACAAGCGUAAGCAUUCAGCAUCAAGAGCCUAUCAAGAUUCCAGACUCCAUGAAGCCCGCGGCGGCGGCAACGAUCAGAGGCCUGACGCGCAACGAGGUCCUCAUGGCGAUUUGGACAACAACCGCGCACAGCAAGCGGCCUACACGCGAACGAGCAACGGCCGAUCGCCAAUUCGUGACGACCGCGACGACCGCGACACGCAGCGAACGGCGCACCCUCAAACAGCCAAUGGCCGACCAUUUCGUGCAAAUGAGUCCCGAGGCCGGUCUGAGCGUCGUUCUAGGUCGAGAGAUCGUAAUUUCGAAGACGAUUUUGAAGCGUCAUCCUAUCGGCAAUGGAAUGACUCCCGUCGUCAGGAUUCGUACCACACGCAGCCGAGAGACUACCACCGUGAGCAGUCCACCAACUACCACCGUCGAGAGUUCUCCUAUGCGCAGACGAACUACUCGGAUAGGGAUCAGCCGGCCUACUCCAGCUAUCAAGGCUCAGAAUACGUUGAGUCGCACAGGUCCUACGAACAGCAGUCAUACGGCAGAGGUGGAUAUGAUCCACGACGCCGGUAG